AUGUCGCUAUCGCUGGUAAGUCGCCGCCGCUUCCAGACGCCGUCCACGGCAACGGCCACGACAACGACGACGACGACGCCGUCCGUACGCAAGCAACAUUCAUUCAUAGAGUCCUCCAGCCACGCCCACAGCGUUAGCAGAUAUACCGCCCAGCAGCGUGGCUACCUAUCGCGCGGUCUUUCGGUUGGACGUUCCAUUGAGAAUAUACGACAGAAGCUCUACGCGCCGGCUCCAGUGCGGCGUCAGCCCACGCUGGGUCUGGACGAAGCUACGUCUCGAAUUAACGCCAGAUUAUCCUCAACUAAGGCGGAACUCGGCUUAAGAUUGAGUGAUAAAAGUCUUGUGGCCUGGUCCUCGACCACAUCGCUGCUCAAGUCUACUCCACAGUCGGCGGAGCACGACCAGGAGCAGCGUAUCAAGGGGGAAGCUGAGGAUAAUCGAGCAGAACACAACGCCAAGGCGGAUAAGAAUCGCAUCAAUUUGAACAUAGUCCUGGCACAAACGAUACGUGCGACCAACGAGCAGGACAUCGAUAGUGCCUCAGAGUCUGUGGAGCAAGGCAACUCAAACUCAAGCGCAACCACAACAACAACAGCAACAACAGUGGGCAGAGCCUCAGCUGCGGCGGAUAAGGAUAACGUGGGCAGCGCUUUAACUGUGCAGCGUCGACCGCCUUUGGUGCGUGCUAUGUCCGCUCCCGUGCGCCUGGACGAGAGCAAGUGCAUUGCCUCCGCCGCCAGCAAGCGCCAGCAGCAAAAGCUGCGUCGUCGCAAGAUCUUCACACGCACUGCCUCCUCGGCGGUGGUCACUGUGCCAGCGGACAGCAGCAGUUCCCUCUUGAGCAGCGAUGCCACUGGCUCCAGCCAAAAGAAGCCGCUGAGUCGCGCUCGCAGCGUUGUCUCUGCCGAUGUCAUUACCCUGGUCUCACUGCUGAGCUCCGAGGGCAGCGAUUCGGAGCGUGAGGAGAGCUCAUCGGCCACGCCCACGGGCAACGAUUCGCCGGGCGUGCAGGGAUCACAGCGCAGUCCACAGCGCCGGGCGCCGCUGCUGCGCAAAACGGGCAAAUCAGUCUCGUUUCAAGAUAGCUAUCCGCCCACCUUUCAACUGGCCUCCAAGGAGUACUCGCACAUGAUCAGGCGCGGAUCCAUAGCGCCGUUAGCUGCGCGUAUACGCGCCAAUCGACCGCCCACAGCGCCGCCCGUUUCCAUCUUCCUAAGCGAAUCCGCAGGCAGCAAGGCCACAAUGGAGUCCUUGCCACAGCAGCAGCAGCAGCAGCAAUCACAAGCUGAAGCGGAUUCACCCACUGAAGAGUCGAAGAAGGAGAAUCAAGCGGGCAGCUGCAAUGUGCCGCAGCCGGAGUACAAUUAUCCUUUGUAUGUGUGCAGCAUCAAGGAGCGCGAGUGCUGGAAGCUCUACCAGAAGAUGUGCGCCAAGGGCGUCAGUGUUAGCUACGACACUGUCCUGCGUGGCAUGUUGACGCCCACGGAGUUUCGUCAUUUCCAGAAGCAGCGCGAGCAUGAGGAGACCAAAGCGCAGCAAGCAGCUGAAGCGGCGGCAGAGGCAGCUGCUGCUGAUGAGAAGGAAACACGCAAGACGCCAGCAACGGCCAUUGAACGCCUCUCCGAGUCCUUGCUGCAGAGCAAGUGAACUGCGGCGCCAGCAGUAGAAACAGGACCAAGCUAUGCAUUUGAUAUCAAAACCUAAGGAUAAAUCCUGUAGCGCGCACUUGUUAAAGAGCCUUGCACCAGAGCAUCAACAAAAAAACAAAAACCAAAACAAAACUGCGCCUAGCUGUAGUUUCUGUAGUCCCGCCCACAUGUACUCGAGUCCUCAUAGAGGAUGCGUAACAUUAAUAAAUUGUAGAACU